CCAAGGGUUGAAAUAGCAGCAGAACGCAGGAGCAGCUUCUCUUAGCUACUAGCUCCAUCUCCCUGGAGCCAGAGGGAACUCCAAAGGUGGCCGCAGAGCCAGGGCCCGGAGCAGCAAGUCCCCACUCGCUGGGAAGGGGUAUCCUGCCGGAAAGCCAAGGCUGAAGUCCAGCAGUCCAGCAGAAAGAGGAUCAGGGACCAAGAGGAGCCGGUGCAAAAAGCUGCCUCCGCUGCUGUGCAGAGCCACAUGAAGCCUGCGGGGGAACCGGGAUCAGAGAGCAGCAAGAGGGCUGACCCUGAGGAGGGCGCAAUCACCGGGAGCCACUGACUCCCAGAGGGGACCCCUUUCCUUGUUCCUGAACUAAAACUCUUCUCCCAAACAUCCAGAAUGAUGUUCCCGAAGUUGAUCUGGAUGGGUUUCUUCUGCCACCUGUGUCGAGGCUACUUUGAUGGUCCCCUGUACCCAGAAAUGUCUAACGGGACUCUGCAUCAUUACUUCGUGCCUGAUGGAGACUACGAGGAGAAUGAUGAUCCAGAGAAAUGCCAGCUGCUCUUCAGGGUGAGUGAUCGUCGGCGCUGCUCCCAGGGGGAAGGGGGCCAAGCCAGUAGCUUGCUGAGCCUCACCCUUCGAGAGGAGUUCACAGUACUGGGCCGCCAGGUGGAGGAUGCCGGGCGCGUCCUGGAGGGCAUCAGCAAAAGCAUCUCCUACGACCUGGAUGGGGAAGAGAGCUAUGGCAAGUACCUGAGGCGGGAGUCCCACCAGAUUGGGGAUGCCUAUUCCAACUCUGACAAGUCCCUCACUGAACUGGAAAGCAAGUUCAAGCAGGGCCAGGAGCAGGAUAGCCGGCAGGAAAGCAGACUCAACGAGGACUUCCUGGGGAUGCUGGUCCACACCAGGUCCUUGCUGAAGGAGACACUGGACAUCUCAGUAGGGCUCAGAGACAAAUAUGAGCUGCUGGCACUCACCAUCAGGAGCCAUGGGACCCGGCUAGGUCGACUGAAAAGCGACUAUCUGGAGGGUGGGGGACAGAGGACGGGCUAACUUUUCCAUUGUAACUUUUAUUUUACCCAGAUUUGCACUUUCAGCAAGCGUCUGAAGUUGUCUUUUCAAAAAAAGAAAACUUUAAGAGUUGAGUCAUUCUGAUUUUGGUUUAGUUUUGUGCAUUAUUUAUGUUAUUACUGAAGAUUUUUCACCGGUUUAAAAAAAGUUUCAAAAUAAUCCCUGGGGCUUUCUUGAAGGGCUUCAUAGCUCUACAGAAUCAUUUCUUUCAACCCCAUCUAAAGGAUGUAUUUUAUGUGGGAGGACUGAUUAACCUUCCUCAUCCUGACGGUUGUGUGGACACAUU